AAAUUACUAAUUAUUAAUUGUAAAGAAUAUUCUAUGAAAAAAUGGCGAAAAAGCGGGAAUGCAUAUCUAUUCAUAUUGGACAGGCUGGUGUUCAAAUGGGUAAUGCGUGCUGGGAACUAUAUUGCUUGGAACAUGGAAUUCAACCUAAUGGGCAAAUGCCCAGUGAUACCACUGUUGGUUAUGGGGAUGAUUCUUUCAACACAUUUUUUUCUGAAACAGAUUCAGGAAAACAUGUUCCAAGAGCUGUUUUUGUCGAUCUUGAACCAACAGUAGUAGAUGAAGUUCGUACCGGCACAUAUAGACAACUAUUUCAUCCGGAACAAUUAAUCACAGGAAAAGAAGAUGCCGCAAAUAAUUAUGCUCGUGGUCAUUAUACAAUAGGAAAAGAAAUUAUAGAUCUCACUUUAGAUCGAAUUCGUAGACUUACUGAACGAUGCAGGGGUUUGCAAGGUUUCUUAAUUUUUCACUCGUUCGGUGGAGGUACAGGUUCAGGUUUUUCGAGUUUACUUAUGGAAAGAUUAUCCGCCGAUUAUCCUAAAAAAAGUAAACUGACUUUUAGCAUUUAUCCUGCACCUCAGGUAUCAACUGCUGUUGUAGAACCAUAUAAUGCGAUUCUUUAUACACAUCCAACAUUAGAACAUUGUGAAGUGGCAUUCAUAGUUGACAAUCAAGCCAUUUAUGAAUUAUGUAGAAGAAACUUAAGCAUUGAUAGACCAACAUACACUAAUUUAAACCGUUUAAUUGGACAAAUUGUUUCAUCUAUAACAGCAAGUUUACGAUUUGAUGGAGCUCUUAACGUUGAUCUUACUGAAUUUCAAACAAAUUUAGUACCAUAUCCACGUAUACAUUUUCCUCUUGCAACUUAUGCUCCUGUUAUAUCAGCUGAAAAAGCUGGUCAUGAAAGAAUUACAGUAGCGGAAAUAACGAAUUCCUGUUUUGAACCAAAUCAUCAAAUGGUGAAUUGUGAUCCGCGUAGAGGUAAAUAUAUGGCGGUAUGCAUGCUUUAUAGAGGAGAUGUUGUUCCUAAAGAUGUAAAUGCAGCAAUUGCAACAAUUAAAAGGCAAAAACAUGUUCAAUUUGUUGAAUGGUGUCCGACUGGUUUUAAGGUAGGAAUAAAUUAUCAACCACCUACUGUAGUACCAGGAGGUGAUCUUGCAAAAGUAGAAAGAGCUGUAUGUUGCCUUUGUAAUACUACUGCAAUAAUUGAAGCAUGGGCUAGAAUCGAUAAUAAAUUUGAUUUAAUGUACGCUAAACGAGCAUUUGUUCAUUGGUUUGUUGGUGAAGGCAUGGAGGAAGGUGAAUUUGCAGAAGCACGAGAAGAUUUAGCUGCUUUGGAAUUAGAUUAUCGUGAAGUUCAAGAAGAUGCAACUAAUACAGAAGAUGAGGAAGAAUAUUAAUUUUUUAAAUAUAUCAAAAGUGU